UUUAUGUGCAGAAUCACUGGAAAUCAAAUUAUUCGCUCUGGAACUUUCCGUAAGCAGUACAAUCAAAGAAACUCACCCGUUUCAUCCUUCCUCAUCCCGUCGCAUCAAAUCACGCUAAUAAUAAAACGAGGCUGAGGCUGCCUUCCCCCUUCAUUUCUUCACUUAAAAAACGAGAAGGGUAAAAUUAAAGUGCCGAGAGAGACAGAGAUGAACGACGACACGAAGAAGAGCAUUGCUGGACCUCUUAUGGCCAAACCCAACUCCGAAGAUCGGAAGCUGUCAUCGGCGGCGGCGGCGGCACCCACCCCGACCAAGAAAGUCAUCAUUAAGAGUGCUGAUAUGUUGUCCGACAUGCAGAAAGAGGCUGUAGAUAUCGCCGUCAAUGCAUUUGAGAAGCACAACAUAGAGAAAGAUGUUGCGGAGCAUAUAAAGAAGGAGUUCGAUAGGAGGCAUGGACCCACUUGGCAUUGCAUCGUCGGUCGUAAUUUCGGUUCGUAUGUGACUCACGAAACAAACCACUUCGUUUAUUUCUAUUUGGAUCAGAAAGCAGUUUUACUAUUUAAAUCGGGCUAGCUGUAUUAUAAGGGUGAUAAUGAUGCACAGGAAUUUUCUUGUGAUUAAGCUGCUAUAUUCGGCUCCUGUAUGUAUGGAAUUCACUGGCACGCAAACUCGUUUCUGGACUUUUUUGUGCUUGUAUAUCUUCCAUGUAAACUGAAUCUGAUGUCUGGCUUUGAAUUUAGUUCUCAAUUCUAGUGCUCCCAUUUAUCACCCAUUCAUCA